AUGGAAUUUAUCAAAAGAAAAAUGUCGUCGGAUAUGAACAAAGAAAACAUGGAUCCUGGAGGAGGAGGACAAGACACAUUUCAGCCACGGCAACAAAAAUUGCAAGAGGACUAUGGUCAAUCAUCUGCUACCGAUUUUGAUCAAAUGCAUCAACGACCCCAACGUGCCGUUGUAGGCGAUCCAAUGCAACAACAAGCACCUAUUCAUCAAGAACCCCCUUCCAAGGGUGGUGAUUUGAUGACUCAACAAACCUCGGGUGUGGAUAAUGAAACAGCUCGAAAGACAGCCAUGCAUACCAAUAACCCAUUCGUGGUGAGGGAAAAUCAACAAGCUGCCACUGUGCGUUCGGGUAUGCCAUCGCUUCCCGCUGCUGGUGUUUUUGAUUUGGAUGCAGCAGGCAACUCUAGCAUCAUUACUGGUUACGACAAUGAUCCUCGUAGCUUCAACAUGAGAACUGCCAAACAAGUCGCUGCGAACCAUAAUAAGAGAUCUAUCAGCGAUCAACAAAAGAAGACUACUUCUCCUACGGCUACGACUACUACUUCAAGUAAGCAAGCUGUUCCACCAGGUCGCAAGUCAUCCUCUUCAGCAUGGACAUCAUCUUCGGUUACUGGUGGUGCUGCUGUGGCUGCUGCAGCUGCAGCUACUGCUACAGGUGGUGGUAUCAUGGCCAAGUGUGUCGAUUACUUGCGUGGAUCACAACAACAAGCUAGCCAAGAUUCAAUGGAUGAAGGGGAUGAAAUUGCAAGCCCCUUGAAAGAUGAUGCUGGUGGCAUUGGCCAAUAUGGACCCUUGGAAUCCAAAGAUCAUCCCGAGUUCACUGAAGAUGUGAAUGAUGUUUGGAAGAACACUGGACCCGGUGCUGCUAUUGCACGUGGUGGUAGUGGUGGCAAUGUGGGUGGUGAAACCGCACCUGAUGUGGGUGAUUAUGGUCCACUAAAUGCACGAGACCAUCCACAGUUUACUGAAAAUGUGGGCGAUCCUUGGAAAUCCACUGGGCCAGGUGCUGCUAUUGCACGUGGACCUGAAGACAACCUCGUAGGCGAUCCCAGCAACAAGAUGCAAGGUCACCCAUUUACUGAAAAGGUGGAUGAUCCUUGGAAGCAGACCAGCCCUACUGGUGCUGCUCAUGCAACCGAUUUCCCAAAGUCAAGAAUGGCAGCGGGUGGCAUUGCUGCUGGUACCCUUGGUACAGGCGUAGGUGCUGCUGGUACAUCAGCCUUUGAUAAUCAAUCCGAAUCAUCGACUCGAGCAAUGAAAUCCGAUGAUGGCAACGAUAUGAUUCACGUUUACGAUGAAGAUGCCCAGCCGCUUAUGAAAGAGCCAAGAGAAGACGUCGUUGCAGAGCACUAUCAAGAACCCAUCACUGGACAUCCAGAUGACACACAAGCAUUUGGAGUGGGUACUCAUGACCAAGAAAAAGGCAUUCAAAGCACCUCAGGUCAACCACGUGACACCUCGUGGGAUAGCAUUAACAAGGGUAAAACCUAUGCUGCUGCUGCAGGUGGUGGUGCUGCAGGAGCUGGAAUUGGUGCUAUGGCUGCCGAAGCUGCUCGUAAGCGUCAUCAACAAGAUGAAGAAGAUGAUUGGUCAAAGCAACAAUCAGGCCCACAAAAGCGCCGUAGUACUGAUCAAGGUGCCACUACUUCUUCUACCGGCUAUGAUAAGGCAUAUAGCAAAGGAGGUCCUGGUAUUGGUGCUGUGCCAAUGCCUUCUGGUGCUGGUGGUGCUGAGACACAAAAGCAGCAAGCACGUUACUUUACACCAUCAGAGGGUACACAACCUGACACCAAGCCUAUGAGACAUGAUCGACGACUUUCGCUUGAAGAGCAAACCCACGUUGCAUGUACAGCUGGCGGUCUUGGUAGCAACGUUGAUCAAUCGGCUAAUGGUACCACCGCUGCCAAGCAACCACCUGGUAGCCAUAUCGAUUCCAGCAAAAAGAUGGCUUCUGGUGCUGCUAUGGGUGCUGGUGCUGGUGCUGCUACAGGUGCUGCUGGUGGUGCUGCUAUUGGUGCCACAAACAUUGGCCAAAAGGAUAUUGAGACUGCAUGUAAAAAAGCAGGAUUGGGAUCCAAUGUCGAUCAAUCUCCUCCAGCAACAAGAGCUCCACAAGCUGGUUCGACACUGAAAAAGACAGCUACUACUACCGGUGCUGCUGGUGCUGCUGGUGCAGGCGCUGGUGCUGGUGCUUACAAAUAUCAGCGUAAAUCAAGCACUGAACAAGAAGAAAUUGCCGAAGCUUGUAAAAAAGCAGGUCUUGGUGCCAACGUUGAUCAAUCAGCUAGUGAACCUAUGAAACAACCUCCUGGUAGCACAUUGCCAAGCCAACAACAAGGUAAACCAUCUACCUCAGCCAAAUCCGCUGGUAUUGGUGCUGGUGCUGGUGCUGGUGCUGGUGCUGGUGCUGGUGUAGGUGCCGCAAUUGGUGCUGCUACUGCAAGUGGUGGUACUAAUAUGACAAAGGAUGCAUCAAAGCAAGCUGUGGCUGAUUACCAAAAGGAACAAAGUCAACAACAACCAAAGGGAGGAUUUACUCAAGACCUUGAUGACUCAACCUCAGCUGCUGAUCCAUAUUCGGCUACACGUCAAUAUCACUCGACACGUGAACCUCUUCAUCUUAGUCGAAAGGAUGAUGAUGUUGGCACAGGUGGCACUGGUGAUGAUGUUUAUGAUCCCUAUGCCAGACAAGGUACCACUGAUACAGGAGCAGCAGCUGUUGGUGGUGGAAAGAAGCCAAGCCAAGCCAUUGAAACGGGCCGUAUUCCUGAAAGAGAAAAGGAUCAAACAGCGUAUACUCUUGGUGACUCUGCACGUGAACGACAAGAAUCCGGUAAUGCUGGUACUGCUGUUGCAGAAGGUGCUGCCUUGGGUGGUGCUACAGGCGCUGCUAUGGGUGCUGGUACUUCACGUAUGGGUCAAAAGCAACGUGAUCAGCCUUCUUCAACAGGCGAUAUUGCAAUGCAAGAUAAUCAUCACCCAUUGGCAACUGACACCCAACAACAACAAGGCCAAAAGGAUCUUGGAAAGGAAUCAAUGGGCGUAGCUGAUACUCAGCCUGCUUCUACUACUGCUGAUGACUUGUACAAGCAAAAAAAGCAACAAGCUGGUGGCACUACAACAACCACUACGCAAGACUUUGGCAAACAACAGCAACCACAACAAGUCGAGGACAAUGCUCCACAACCACCCCGAAAAUCUUCUGAUCAAGCAGCUGAAGCACGUCAAGAACAACAUGCUCGUUCAGUGCCACAAGUAUUGGAUGGUGCUGUGGGUGGUAUUGAUCCUCACAGAGUGGGUAAUAUGAGUUCAACCAAGGAUGCCUAUGCCACAACAGGAGGUGGAGGUGCUGCUACUGCCGGUGGUAUGGGUGCUGCUAUGGACGCAGGAGCCGGUGCCGUAGGAGCUGGUAUGGGUUCAGCUGGUCAAGCGGAUACUGCUGGUGCUGUUGGAGAAGGAGCUCGUCGUACGAGUGUCCAAGAUUAUGUCACGGGCAUGUUUGACGCUCGUCGUGGAUCCAUCAAGGAAAAGUUUGGCAAGUUCUUCCACAAGCAAAGUAUGCAGCAAGAGGGCAAGGAUUUGCAAAAUACUGGUAACCAAAAAGUGCAAUCAUUCAUUUCUCAACGACGUCAAUCACAAGGUCGUGCUGGUUUGUAA